AUGGAUAUUGACCAGGUGCUUGAUGGCAUAAAUAAUUUGAAGGAAUGGAAGAUUGACAAAAGAGUUAAACAGAGAAUUAAAGACUCCGGCUUUGAUGGGUUACUGAGGCUCACUACUUUUCCAGUGAACCAUGAUUUACCCCUAUUAUCUGCACUUGUUGAAUCCUAUGAUGGUUGCCAGUAG